GCAUUGACGCCGUCAUCAACACAGUCACGUGUGUUAUGUCUCUUGUCUGAGUCAGCUGGGUUUCUUGUGUUUGGGGGAACCAGUGUCGAUCUUCUGGCGGAGCACUAGUUCCAGGUUGACAUUUCAGGAGCAUGGCGGACGGUCCAGAGGCGGAUGUUGACGAGCCGCCCAGUAUCAACUUCCCUCCGCUCAUCACUGUGUCUGAUCUGCCCAGUGCCACUGCUGCAGGCCGUAACCUUAAGGAAUGGCUCCAGGAGCAGUUCUGCGACAAACCUCUGGAGCAGGAUGACAUGCAGCUGCACAACGCAGCCUACGUCGGAGAUCUGGAAACCCUGAGGAACCUUCUGCAGGAAGACAGCUUCAGACGGCGUAUCAAUGAGAAGUCUGUUUGGUGUUGUGGCUGUCUGCCCUGCACCCCUCUGAGGAUCGCAGCCACAGCAGGACACGCUGCCAGCCUGGCCUAUCUGAUCGCCCAGGGAGCCGAGGUGGACCUAGUGGAUGUAAAAGGUCAAACCGCCCUGUACGUAGCCGUGGUGAACGGUCACCUGGACUGUGUCAGGAUCCUCCUCGAAGCCCGAGCCGAUCCCAACGGAAGUCGGCACCACCGCAGCACGCCGCUGUACCACGCUGCGCGGGUAGGAAGGCUGGACAUACUGCAGGAGCUCAUCAGGUUCAAGGCUGAUGUAGACAUCGACCACCAGCUGGGUCCCCGGCUCCUCUUAAGUGCUCACACCCUCAACACUCUGGUGGCGUGUCCUCUCUACAUCAGCGCUGCCUACCACCACCUCCACUGUUUCCGGUUGCUGCUUCAGGCCGGCGCUCAGCCUGAUUUCAACUACACGGGGCCCGUCUGCCAAGAGGCUCUGACCCGUGGCCUUGCCUCCUGCCUGCUGGACGCUGUACUGAGACACGGAUGCGAGGUGGACUUCAUCCACCUGCUGCUGGACCACGGGGCCAACCCGGCCUUUGUGCCCUGGGAGGGCUUAGAGCUGGAGGCUCCUAAUCGGAGGAAGGUGGAUCCGGAGGCGCUAAGGGUCUUCCUGGAGGCGAGGAGAUGCCCUCGCAGGCUGACGCACCUGUGUCGCAUCAAGAUCCGCAGAGCGAUGGGUAAAAAUCGCCUCAGCCACAUACACUCGUUACCACUACCACAACCCAUCAAGAACUUCCUGCUUCACCAAAACUGACAACUAUCCACCUUCUCUUCUUUUAUAAAGCUCUUCCAACUCAACCCAACUUGCUCAUUGCUUAUUAUUUUCUGAUAGUAAACGGUUAAUCAUUUUAUUUUUCAAACAAUUUGAAGUUACCAGUCAUGUAAUAGUCUUAUCUUCCUAUUAUUAUAUUAAUUUAUUGAUAUAUUCUUAACUUAUCAGAGAAGCCUUGGUAUGUCCUGAGUGUGUGUGUGUAUCCUAAGUGUAACAGCCAUUGUGAAAAUGUCACUUGAUGUGAAGCAAAGACUUAAACAUGCCAUGUGCUGAAUGUCCCGUUCAGAGGCAGAGGAACGUUACCCAGAUCCAGCUCCUUGAAAUGCUCAUUUAUCUCUUAAACUAUAUAAUAUAAUAAUAAUAUAUAAGAUUAGUAGCCCUGUAGAUUAGAUUGGAUUUUUGUAUUCUAAUUCUGCUUUCUUUCGAUGCAUUAAGCACUUUAAUUCGUUUUUAUGUGUUUACAUUUGGUGAUAGAUAAUUUUUUUAGCCGUAUACCUUAAUAUUGACUUCUGGAAAAUGGCCAUAAGGAUUGAUCAGACCAGAAAUACUAAAGGUAAAAUUGUAGAUUUUUAAGUAAGAAAAAUGACCAGAAGAUCUAAAUGAGCAAUUUUAAAGACCUGGAUCUUAACUGAAAACACUGCUAGCAGGGUAACAAUUCACACUUUGGGUUUAAUUACUAAUAUACGUGUUACCAUCAUGUAGAAAAUCUGUACUUUAAGCAUAUUUAACAAAACUCUCUCUGUGCAUGACAAUUAUUCAUGAUGAAUAGAACAACUUUGUAUGUAUUGCCUAGAAAGCUGCCUUCUCUCUGAGACUGUUGCACCUAUCGGCUUCUCUACAUGUCUGUGGCACAGCUUUGUGUCAUUACUCACUCAGUGCAUUUUUCUGUGUAUAUCUCGUCUUUGUUUGCAUCCAGUAAAUGUGCAAUACUUCUAUAUCCUCCCCUGUAUGUUUUUUUUAAAUAAUCUAAACCAACAUAGGAUGGCUCCCACACCGCUCGACAGCAGAGCUGCUCCUCUAAAGUAGGAUCACUUUCCUACUUCCAUCUUCUUCAGUGAACAUGAGCUGUUCUAGUCCCAAAUAUCUGAGCCAGUGUCAUCGGCACAGUCUCUGGAGUAAAGGUGCGGCAGAUGGUGUUUGUUUUUUGAUCCAGCAAGGCUUCAGCAGAAUAUUACUUAAUCAGCUCUUUAGGGAAAUCCCCCUCAUAUACAGUGCAGUACAUUAUGUAUCGAUUGUACAGGUCCAUGCCUAGAGAGAGUUAAGUGAUUAAAGUCUAGGAUCUGUUCCCAAAAAUGUGUCCUUAAAUGUCUAAAUAAAACAGAAACCGUGAAGGUGAGCAGACUGCCCCACUAUAGAUAUUAAAGAAGAGCGGUUCAUUAUUCAAGUCAAUUAUGUUAAAGGGAACCUAUAAUGCUCAUUGUCAGGUUCAUACUUGUAUUUAAGGUUUCUACUAGAACAUGUUUACAAAAAACUAAAUUCUGUCUGUCUGAAUAUAUUUGUUUGUUGGGGCUUGUUGUUUUCUGACCUUGGAAGGCCACAAAGAACUGAGCGUGUUGUCUUAUUUCACAGUCAGAGGGUUGUGUGCACUCCAGAUACCCAAAUGUAGCGCACAAGCACGGAAAAAGUUUCUCACAUUACAUCCCCCUCUCAAAUGACAUAAUUAUUCAGUAUACAAUGGCCUCAUGUGCUAAUAAGGUACAGUAUGUGUAUUUCUUUAACCCAGCUGAUAUGGAGGCUUAUUGAACAAUCAUAAUGUGUUGCACAUUAAAUUGAUCACACGACC